ACGUCAUUAAGCUGCGACGCUGGGCUUGUGAAGACGUAAUAUUUCAGAGACCGUUUGUUUACAUCAUGGCGUCGGUAGAUUUCAGAGACAAUCUUCUUGGGAUCUCCUGGGUGGACAGUGGUUGGGUGCCAAUUUUAAAUCCUGGAAAUGUUCUGGAUUACUUCUCUGAGAGAAGCAACCCGUUUUACGAUCGAACCUGCAAUAAUGAGGUAGUGAAGAUGCAGCGGCUAACUCUGGAACAUCUCAAUGAUUCCCUUGACUGACUAUUACAUCAUAGCAGGAGUGGUGUAUCAGGCCCCAGACCUCGGAACAGUCAUCAGCUCCAGAGUGCUUUCUGCAGUCCACGGUAUCCAGUCUGCGUUUGAUGAGGCCAUGUCAUAUUGCCGUUAUCACCCAUCUAAAGGAUACUGGUGGCACUUCAAGGAUCAGGAAGAGAGAGAAAAGGCUAAACCCAAGUCCAAAAAGAAAGAAGAGCCUAGCUCUCUGUUCCAGAGGCAACGUGUUGACACACUCCUUUUGGACCUCAGAUCCAAGUUUCCACCAACUUUCUACCAGCCUAAACCUGGUGAUAAACCUAUUCCAGUUGAGGUAAAGAAGGAACCUGAACCUGUUGCGGAGGCUGUGAAACAAGAAGAGAGAGAACUUGCCACCAAGUCAGCAGCCCCGGCUCCACCGAGUAAACCUCCUCCUGAGAAGAAAGCCAGGUUGCAGUGACCGCUCUUCUUUUUGUGCUCAGGAAACAUGGAGAAAUGUUCAUUCAAAUUCCUACAUUACUGCCUGGGAGAACUGUGGGGAUGUUUUUCUUGUUCCCUUCCGAACUACAGCUUCUUUUCUGGUUUGGGGUGAACUGGUACAAAAGGUUAGAACAUUUUAUCUGUACAGGCGAGAACUGAGAACGAUUAACAGUGAAUUAAAUGUUUUACUUUUGUUGUUUUUUUUACUGAAACACUCAAACCAGCAUUUAUGACGGCUUUCUGUUCACACCAACACUAUUUUGUUGUAGUGAUUGCAGAGAAGAGUGCAAAGYUCUAGAUGAUUUGUAGGCAGAUAUUUUGUGAAACAUUUAAUCUAAAAGCAAAAAAACGUGUUUUUUUUUUUUACUGCACACAUUUUUCUAUAAGUUAAACUUUGUGCUUUGUAUACAUUUUGUUGCAGUUUAUUUUUUAUGAAAGAAAGAUUUUCAAGUCGUACUUGAACUUUUAUGUUGAGUGAACUUAUUUAACACUUGCAUAUUACCAAUGUAGUAUAAAAACAUACUAGAAUAAAUUUACUUUCCUUGUACUUUGGUGAAAA